ACUUGGCUUCCAGUUGCUUUCCAGGCAUACCUUGCAUACGAAUCAAGGGCUGCGAAGCUGGAAUCCAACAACUGGCCAAGAUGGGCUGGCUAUCGUCGAUUGCUCGUGAUGAACGAGUGAUCAUUGCUAGCCUCAGCGUUGGCGCCGUCGGCCUCGUCUUGAUGAUGCGCACGAUCCUGACAAGCUAUCGCGACGAUGCCGAAGUAAAGCCAGUGCAGCCAAAGACACAAUACAUCACCCAGGAGACAGAAGACGCCUUAAAGCUCGGUACCCUGGAUACUCUCCUUGGUCAUUACAACUACGCCAUCCGGGAAACAGCAGGCAAAAUAGUUUGCGACAGGGCUAUCAAUGACGGCUCCACGGUUGAUGUCCUCCUCUACGGAAUUACGCGCCCAGACUACGAUGAGCGUAUGAAGAACCUGCGAUGUCUUGCCAUAAUUACCGAUCACCACAGCCUGCAUCUCCUCCACACAUGGAAAGCCUAUGCGGCACUCGUUAGGUCGUUGGAACUCGGACUCGAGCCGGAGGGCGGGGCACAAGAGGAGCUCGGAGACAAGUACUUCGACGAGUACUACCUGCGGGACAUGUCCGACAAGCUGUGCCUGAUGUUCGUCAGCCAGCUCCUCAGCCGAUACGGCGCCGAGAAGCUCAUCAAGGCCAAUUUCAUCGAAAAGUGGCUGGCCAGGCAGAACUGGGGUGACUCGGAGGAAAAGAUUAUCGCAAACUUUGCCCAGUAUAUGGAUCGCCGGUCAAACCGCAUCACCGAGAUCGUGAACAGGAUCCUGGGGUGCGACUCGGGCCGAGACAGGCUUGAACGCGCAGGCCUCAUUAGCAGGAAUACAAGAGAAGCCUGUGAGCAGGCGGGCCGCUUCAGCGUGGUGAUCUCCAUCGGCAUGAGCAGCGAAGAGAGCGACGAACAGGGACGCCGACUCGUCGGUGGCAGGCCACACGAACAGAGCGCAGAAGAACAGCGACUCCGUCAUCGGCAUCGGGAGGCCAUGGUGUUUAACGAUGGAACCAGGCCUCUUAAUAGCGAAGACAUCAUCCAGCGAGACCAUGGCUCCCUGACAUGAUGAAGCAGACCACCCUAUUCUCGAAAUAGACUUACCGUCAACAACCGGCCACCGGAAGACGACGCCGCGACCUUGGCAUCAUGUGCGGUGCCUCUUGAUGGCCAGGCCUCCACACUGCCGAGAUAGCCACUCGAAAUUGGCCUGUUCGGAAGACACCGGCGGAGUCUUGCCGAUGCAAAGAUGGUCAGGGGAUUCAGUUCAGCCUAUUGCAGAAUGAGGUCGAAUUGUACGAACGAAGGCGGGACGUGACGGCAACACGGUGGCUCCAUGGCCC